CGACCAACACAUCCAUCCCACCCAUCCAUCUCCUGCUUCACCACCUACUCUACAUCCCUCCUGCAACUCACAACGUGUGUAUGGGGUUGCACCCCCAUCCCACAGCCCACGCUCCCUUACACCUUGUCUUCCUUCUCCUGUGCAAUGUCAUCAUCAUCAGCAACAACAACCACAACAACCACAACAAUGGCGUCGUCCGCCUCGGCGACCCUCGCCAAACCCCCAGCGCGUAGCCGCUCGCCCACCCCCGGCGACCACGGCGGCAGCAGCACAACACCCCGCCCGUCAUUCACCCUGCACAGGAUAGACACGACUACGGCAGCAUCGUCGAGCAGCUGGAGCGCACCCGAUCGCCGAUUCUCGUCGUCGCACUCGCGUCAUGGAUCGCGCGCCGGGAGUCUCGACUUUCAGGAGAAGCCUCGCCUUCUCCCUAUAGAUAUCGGCGCGGCGCACCACCACUCUCACACCCACUCCCACACCCACACCCCCUCGCCGCUCGCCUCAUUCCCCCCCGCAUGGAGCCACCCAGCAGAAUCGCAGCUCCCACCUCGCAGUCGCCCACCCCUCCGCAGAAUGGUCCUCACGGCGCUACGCGAACGCCUCUGCGGUUCCAAGGGCGGUGCCCUCGGUCGCGGGCUCAUCAUCGGAUGGGUCGUGACGACAUUGGGCUUCCUCGCCGCCACUGCGUUCUGGAAGGGAGAGCUCUUCUCUGCCCUCGACGAACUGAGCAAGAACCUAUACGAAAUGGGCUACCAGGGCUUACUCGUAUUCGGCGUGCUCAUCUUCAUCACAACUAUCCCGCCCCUCCCACUAUACUCUACGCUCAUUGUGCUCUCGGGAUACACUUUCGGCGUGUGGUACGGCUUUGUGGCAAGCUACAUUGCAUCACUGGUCGGUGCAGUCGUCGUGUUUGUCGUGUCGCGGACACUGCUGCGUGACACGGUGACCAAGUGCCUUGCCUCUUCCCCUACCGCCACCUCGCUUCUCCAGAUCAUCCCUCAGAACCCUCACCUGCUGCUCCUCAUCCGAGUGGCCCCUUACCCCUAUAACCUGCUCAACGUGGUGCUCGCAUCUGCGCCCACGCUCUCACUGCAGACCUACACGGCGUGCACCGCUCUGUCGUUGUGUAAACUGGUUCUACACACAUGGAUCGGCGCCGGCAUUCACGACCUGUCGGCGGCGUACAAUGCCUCGCCCGAUGGCAGCAACGGCGGCAACUCGACCCAAAAGGAACCGUCUGAAGACGACCUUCACCGCGACCGCGUCAAGGCCGGCGCUACUUGGGGCGGCAUUGCUCUGUGUAUUCUUCUUUUCGUCUACCUCACCCACAUUGCCAAGCGGGAGAUUGCAAAGGCUCAGGACGAGCAGCGGGUGGUGAGGGAGGAGGAGGUGGCCUUCCUUACACCGCUGGGCGAGGCGCGCGACUGUGAUGAGGAGGACAGUGCGUGUUAGGUGAGCCGGAGCUGUCGGAGCACGCGUGCGCAGACAGCGGCAGCAGCCAUCACCUCUGCAGCACGCCGGUAGAUUAUUUCCUUGUUUUUCAGGGCCGAGGGCCUUGUACGUUGUACAAAUUCUGCAAACGUGGACUAUGCG